AUGAUCAUCAUGAAUCCCCACCUGUGUGCUCUGCUGGGUCUAGUCUCUUGGUCUCUCAGUGUCUUAGUCUCCCUCCUGCACGGUGUGAUGGUGUUGCAUCUCUCGUUCUGCACACACAGGGCAAUUCGGAACUUGUUCUGUGAAUUUGCUGCAGUGCUCAAGUCUGUCUGUUCAGAUGCUCUCAGCAAUUACAUCAUGCUGUAUUCUGUGACUGGAUUGCUGGGAAUUCCUUCACUUACUGGGAUCCUUUUCUCUUACACCAAGAUUAUUUCCUCCAUAUUGAAGAUGUCCUCAGUGGAGGGGAAGUACAAAGCUUUCUCCACCUGUGGGUCUCACCUAACAGUCAUUUCCUUAUUCUAUGGGACAGGGUUAGGAGUGUAUCUCAGUUCUGCCUUCUCCCCCUCCACCUCAAAGUGGGUAAUUGCCUCAGUGAUGUACACUGUGUUCAUCCCCAUGCUGAACCCCUUCAUCUAUAGCUUGAAGAAUAGGGACAUGAAUAGGGCCCUGAGGAAACUUGUCAGCAGGUCUUUCUUCUCCCUGUGA